UCAUAGACAAAACUCCCUCCCUCUCUCAUUCAACUCACUUAGGCUGUCCUCCUCCCUCAUUUCUCUCUGCCUAUUUCUCAGCGUGUGCUUUGCCUACAGCACGACAGAGUCAGACUCCUCUCACUGACAGUCAAAGACAUCAUUUGCACUUAGUGAAUUCAAAGAGGGACCUUCCAAACCAAACUUCACCGAAAACUUUUUGUUCUUCCUGAAGAGAAAAGAGGAAUCAGAAAGGGGAAAAAGCCAAUUGAGUGAAGAAGUAAGUAAUUGUGGGGGAAGAAAAGCCUUGCCUUUUAAAAAAGGAAUCACAACAACUUUUGCUACAAGGAUGCCUUUGCUUCUGACUAGAUUGGUGUUGUUAUUUUGCUGGAUUAUAGCACAGAGUUUCCCAGCCUCAGGAUUGGAGGGGCACAGUUUAGUUUCUGAUUGCCCAUCCUGUGCCCUUGGCACUCUCUCCAAGAAUGUGCCCAGUUCCCAGCCUGAGAUGGUGGAAGCUGUAAAGAAGCAUAUCCUGAACAUGUUGCACUUGAGAGACAGACCUAACAUCACUCAGUCAGUGCCCAAAGCUGCACUUUUAAAUGCUAUCAAGAAACUCCACGUCGGAAAAGUGAGAGAGGAUGGCAAUGUGGAAAUAGAGAAUGACAUUGGAAGAAGAACAGAAAAGAAUGAGUUGAUGGAUCAAACAUCUGAGAUCAUAACGUUUGCAGAAUCAGGUCAUGCCAGAAAAAUGCUGCAUUUUGAAAUUUCUAAAGAAGGCAGUGAAUUGUCAGUGGUGGCUCAAGCUGAUGUGUGGCUUUUCCUCAAAGUAUCUAAAGGUAAUCGUACCAGAACAAAAGUGACCAUUCGACUACAUCAACAGCAGAAACUGCUUAAGCGCAGCUCUCAACUUGUGGAAGAGGAAAGUGGACGAAAGGGAGGAAAAAGUGAAAUUCUCAUUUCUGAAAAAACAGUUGACACUCGUAAAAGUACCUGGCACAUUUUCCCAGUUUCCAAAAGUGUUCAGGGUCUCUUGGAUCAGGGAAAGAAUUCCCUGGAUGUGCGGGUUACUUGUGACAAGUGUCAAGAAACAGGAGCCAGCCUGGUGUUGAUGGGAAAGAGGAAAAAAAGGGGAGAAGCUGAGGAAGGUAAUGAAAGCACAGGAGAAGAGGAAAAAGAGCAAUCCCAUAGGCCUUUCCUAAUGAUGCUGGCCAGGAAUUCAGAAGAUAGGCACCACAGACGGCGAAGGCGAGGCCUUGAGUGUGAUGGAAAAGUCAACAUUUGCUGCAAGAAACACUUCUUUGUUAGCUUCAAAGACAUUGGUUGGAAUGACUGGAUCAUUGCCCCACAAGGCUACCAUGCCAAUUACUGUGAAGGUGAUUGUCCUAGUCAUAUUGCAGGCACAUCUAGUUCCACUCUCUCUUUUCACUCUACUGUUAUCAACCACUACCGCAUGAGAGGCCACAGUCCUUUCUCCAGCCUCAAGUCAUGCUGUGUUCCUACCAAACUACGACCAAUGUCUAUGCUUUACUACGAUGAUGGGCAAAAUAUAAUUAAAAAGGACAUCCAGAAUAUGAUUGUAGAAGAAUGUGGGUGCUCAUAGGUUGUAUGCAUUUUGCAUAUCAAGACUUUGGGACAGUCUUUUUAAAAAUGUCAAGACAAAAAUUUGAAAUAAAAUAUAACAGGAAAGACCAAAUAGUCAACAAAACGGUUACAUUUUCAACAUAAUAGCAUCUAGUAUUUAAAUUAUAGACAAACAGAAGAAAGAAGAACGACAUUGUUUCUAGGACAUCAAGGCAAUGCAAUCUAUAUGCUCUAUAUUUUAUUGCAUGGUAUUCCACACUUAGCAACAAGGGGAGAUAUCUUUCCCUACCCAAUGUUACCUAUGCAUUCAAGCCUUGAUAACAGCAUAGCUAAAAUAAAGCAAUUUGACUGUUAAAUCCAAAAUGUUAUUAAAAUUCUAUAAAAGCCAUGUGUAUGAAAACUACAUUCACUGGCACUUUUAUUCCCAAGAAUUUACCAAGGACACAAUGAGUGUGCACAUAUGUGAUUGUGGAGGUUUCUUAUGGCAAACACCUUCAAAAAGCACGUGUGUGUGUGUAGUGUGUGUGUGUGUGUGUGUGCUUAUAAAGGGGACAAUGCAGGUGUACUCACCUUUAUUUUCUGCACUAUUUUUGCAAAAAAGUUUUUAAAAAGUAGGAAAGAGAAAAGAAAGAAAAAAGAAAAAGAAAGAAAAAGAAAGAAAACACAAAGUUACAUUUCGUAAAGGUGCUUAUGACAUUAGAACUAUGCAACCAAGUUCAUUUGAAACUUUACCUGAGAGAGACAGAGACAGAGGGACAGAGAGACAGAGAGAAGGAAAGAAAAACCCAGACUUAAAAAAUAAUAAUGGAAAUACCAUUUAAUUUUUUCUUCAAUGAAAAAUACUUGAAAGGAUAUAUGUUUGUCCAGUUACUGGGCCAACAUUUCUACAUUUUGUAAAAAUGAGAAAAAAGUUUUUUUAAAGAAAAUAUUGUUUACUAUUUGCACUACAAACUAUGUUCAACCUGUCUUCUAUCCUUUAUUUAACAAGUAAUUUGGGGAGGGAUUUGGUUGGGUUGGAAGGGAGUUGAAAGCUGCACUUAUUGUGAGCUAUAUAAGAACUGCUACAGCACACAAAAUAAUUAUUUUUAUUACAAUAUUUUAUAUCUUAAAAAUGUACACCAAAGAUGUUUGUGUGAGCCUCAACAAUUUUUUUAAAACUAAUGGUAUCUAUAGGUUAGGAUCUGAUUUAAGGGUCAUUGGUGAAACUGGUUGUAUUCAAACUAUGGUAGAUGGUUUCUUGAUGAAUCUGACCACCAGAUUUGGCUAUUCACUUAUAAAGCCCUUCAAUUAUCCAUAGAAUUUUGAAUUAAAAACUGAAUUUUAGAUUACUGCAAUUGUGAAUCCUUCAUAUGUACAACAGCUGUGCAUUAAUGGAAAACAACACAAUAGGAAAGUGUAAUCCAUAUUUGUUUAUGUAUGUGUAUAUACAAUUUCAGCAUUUCAGGCUAGGCUUUUAAUGCUCUUAAAAAUAAUGUUUGUGUGCCAAGCACAGUGUAUUAUUCCCCCCUCCUAUUUAAAAUUAUACCACUGUGUAUAAAACCUCCAAUAUAAACAUAGACCAAUGUGAUCUUGCAUCUUUCUUUAGUGGUAAAUUGAAACUUCAAGAGAGCAGGACCCACUAACUCUUGAAUAGUUUCAAUCUAUGUAGCAAUUAAUGGACAGUGGAUAUGAAUAUUGGUAAUUACAUAUGUUCAUUUGAAAGUGUGAAAAACAAGCAGAGAGAGACAAAUGAAUAAGAAUACUUGUGUAUUGCCUGGUCUUCUUGCAUAGUUUUUGAAUUAUAUUGGAGGAAAUAUAUUGGUAGAUAAUGCCAGACAAAUAAUUUGCUCAUUGUCUUGCCAACGUAUUAUUCUCCACAUAGAAACUAUUUCAUGCCCUGCCAAUAUACAAGAUGUAUGUGUCAGUAAUUUAUAAAAUGCUUCUUAUCAAUCUGCCACCAUUAGCAGGAAUUGUAGAUUAUCAAUUUUGGUCAAUACAGAAUAUUUGUCCAGAUAUCUAGCAAUUGUAAAUCCCAGAAUCCCAGGCAGCAUGCUUAAAAGCCUCUAAAUAGCAGAAGUUUGAAUAGAGAAUGGGUGAACAAUCCAGAAUGAAGUGGAGUUGCACAUUUUUGGUUUGAAUGCAGAGAGAAACUUAUGCUGAUGUAUAUUCCUCAGGAAACUUACAUUAGACCUGGUAUGUGAGAAAGUAAAAGGAUUCUGUUAAGGGUAGUGUUUUCUAUUACCAGUUUGGGAUAGAAUCUGCUUAGAAAUUUGAAUUCAUAUUUCCCCUCUAUCUGGUACUACUUAAAUGCAUUCCUUUUUUGUACAGAUAGAAUCCAUUUGUGCCGCCAGCAAAAUUUCAGCAGCUGUAACCCAAUAUAUGGAACUUUAGCUGUAAUCCAAUGUAUAGAACUACGUUAUCCAAUGUAUGGAACUUUAUAGAUAUAAAAUUUAUACAUUUCCACUGUAUAAACCUAAAAGCAAUUAAAAAAAGAUGAUAUUGUAAAUCUUCAUUCCUUGGGUGAAAAAUCACAAAUAGUAAUAAGAGUUUGUGAUAUUGAUUGAGAAUUGCUGUAGUCAAGAAGAGAUGUGGUUGAGAAUCAUGAAGUCAAGAUAUGGGCUGGCUUGACUUCAUGAAAUCUCUUAAAAGGUGGA